CCACUACCGACUAUUAGUACCAUUGCUAUUUGAAGGCUUAAGGAGGAGGAGCCUUUGAACCGAAAUCACUUUGGAAUAAGCAAUUGGCUUUGAAAACCCGUUUUCUCCUUUUUACUUGUAUUGUUGUACACCUCUUUGUUCUCCCAAUCUUCAAUUCUAGAGAGAUAUAUAUAUAUAUUCCUAUAUAUCUUUCUUUGUAUAUCCUUACAUAGAAACACAAUACGAAACAGUGUCCCAUUGAUUUCCAUUCAACUUUUCGCUUCUGAAAGGGAUUUUUGUCAUUGUCGAUUCUUUGUUCAUUGUUCAUUGUGGGUUGUCGAUUGUGUGUGGUCGUUUCUUUCAUAUAACGAGCGAUCCAUCAUUCAUUCUUCUUUUUUUUUUGAUUUUUUGAUUGGUUGUUUCUUUCAAAACUCACACAAGUUCUUUUCUUGAACUUGUAUUUAAAUUUCUCUGUUUAGACUUGUGCCUUUCUGGUUUCCUCGUUGGUUUUUCUUUUCUCUUUUUAUUUUUUUGUUUGGUUUCUUUUCUUUGGAUACUCGGAUCCCAAUAUCCCCCGGUGUGAUAUUUAUUUCCCUAUUGUCCUUUUUUCUAUUUUUGGGUUUCUUUUUUUAUAGUUAUUUUAUUUUUGGUGUCUUUUUGGUAUUCUGACGUUAUUGUUUUUUCCUUUUUUUUUUCUGCUGUGUUGUGUUGUUUCCCCUUUCUAAAAAAAAAAAGUUUAUCUUUACAAUGCCCUCUCUCGCAUUACCGAUAAAUAAACCCUCCCAUCAUAACGCUCCUAGUGCUGGCAACUCUUUUGCCAGUCCACAGGCUACUCCUUUUGGUUAUAGCCCACAAUCUUUUGGAAACAGCUUCUCUGGACAUGCCUGGCUUCGAGACGCAAUUCCAUCCGCCACCUCCUAUUCCGAGCAACAUCGCCCUUCCGAUGACUUUUCCACCAUGUAUCCCAACCGUCUCGAGGAGGCUUUUUGCCGCAACUUCAAUUGCUGUGGAAAAAAUCUCGACGAUCUUCAUCAACUCAUUCAUCAUUACGAGGAACAACAUGCCGUUCUCCCCUCUGAUGUGAAUCUAUCCUCAUCUCUCGAUAAUAGUAACUCCGCUACCGUCGCAAACCAUUUAAACCGCAACAACACACAGGCUCUUAAACAACGAGAGCGCAUUCGUAUGCACGACUUGGCCGAUCAAAUGGAUUCCUCUCCUCUUUUCGACAAUUCCGCCGUUAUGCCCUUUGCUUUCCCUGCAAACGAAGGUACCAACGGCCCUUAUCGCGUCUCCGUCGUUGUGCCUGCUGAUGCCGCUGCUGCUGCAACCGCUGCGAACCCGGACCUCGCCGAAGAGAGCUCCAUGCAAAAUGAGCCUGUCUCUACCCCAACACAUCUUCCCGAGUCCAUGGUUAUGGAUGAUGCUAGUUCUCCGCUCAGUGAUAUGAGCUUUAACAUGGAUAUCGGCAGCGGUAAUCGCUACAAUAUGUUUGGUAUUAAUCAAAAAACUGAUCCCGAGUCGGCUUUCCUUCCCCCUUUCCACUAUGGUCAUGAUGUUUUCUCUUUCCACCCCGAUACCCGUCCUGAUACCCCGAAUACCGUCCAUUCAGAACCUUUCCCCGAUAAUGUUAUGUCCCCCACUCCUCCCGAGGUUGUUGCUCCUGCCGCUACGAACACCGCUCCUAGUUCUCCCUUCAUAAAAAAUUCUAGUAAAGAUUUCGAGUGGCCGGUGCCGUUAAAAAAACAACGUUCAACUUCCCCAGAUUCUUCCGAAUCUCCCAUGACCAUAGAUUCUCCUGGUUCAAGUCUGGUUGUCGUCGAUAAACCUUACAAAUGUCCUGUCCCUAAUUGUGACAAAGCUUACAAAAAUCAAAAUGGUCUUAAAUAUCACAAACUUCAUGGCCAUUGUUCCCCCAUCACUACACCUACUCCAACACCAGUCCCUCAUCAGGGUUUUGUUGUAGAAAAUAAGCCUUAUCGAUGUGAUACUUGCAAUAAGCGCUACAAGAAUUUAAAUGGUUUAAAAUACCAUCGAGCUCAUAGCCACCUACAGGUUUCUAUGGCCCAAGCUCAACGCGAGGUCCAAAUGAGUUUUAUGCGAGAUGCAUAAUCUUUGCCAUGCAUAUGCUAUUUAUCUUCAUUAUAUUUACGAGGUAUUUAAUAUUUAAUUUGCAUCAUCUGAUAUAUUCAGUUCUGCUUUAUAUACCGAACAUUCUUUUAUGACUUAGAUAUGGCCAUAUCGCGUUGGUACUCAAUUUUUUGGUAAAUGUAAACUACCAAUAUUUUCUUUUUAUUUAAUCAUUACUGUUAAGUAUUGUCAUAUCCUGCGAUUUGAGGUUUUAUAAUUUGUUUUCGUUGCUUUUGUUUGAUUUUAAUAAUUUUUAAUAUAGUUUUCGGGUUUUACUGGGUUAAAAUAAUUUUUAGAGCUUAUUUAUGCUUUAGAAGUUUAUGUUAAUGAAUAGAAAGGUUUUUGUUUUUUUUUUUAGCUGA